AGUCACAGGGCAAAAGUGAGGCUGUGAAGUCAAGUGGUGCAAGGAACACGGAAGCGAUAACGCCUCCCCUCCUUUCCCUGGUUUGCCGGGAAAUCCCCGUCAUACGUAUCAGGUCUCCCAGCAUCAUGAGGGCCGUUGAAGGAAGAAGAAAAACAAGUCGAAUUUCCCAGCCAUCACGACCCCUAAUCAUUACGCACACCCCAAGACCAGGAUGCAUUGCGACGAUCGGGGGAGGCUUGGUAACAGCGGGUGGUGAUUCAGCCGGAUCCUUCCACUCAGCUAGCCGUGGACUGCCUGCCUGUGUUGCGUUCCCAGAGCGCAGUCUAGGCGGGCGGUUAUGGAGGGGAGGGAAAGAAAGGGAACGAGGAGGAUCCCUCCUCACACCCUCUCAACCUCUCCAGCCAGACUCGGCCAUUCAGCGCGCGUACCCAUGUCCGGAAUAAAGUCCUGAACAUGCAGAGCCUCCAGCCGCCAACACCCCGCCAUUUGCGAUCGGGAUCGCGGCCAGAAAAGGAGGGGAAAGCGGCGGAUGACGAUGAUGGAGGGGGGGAUGGGCAUUGGGAUUGUCUGGUACGCGGAAGAGAGGGGGAAAGGACACGGCAAGGAAAACGAGAAGAAUGGCUUACCUGAG